AUGACUUCAUUAACGAUUCCCGCACAAUGGCUUAAUCCACAGAAACAUCCUCAAGAAUGGAUAUUUCGAUGUUCUACCACUUUGAAUGAUCUAGUUAAAACAGGUCGAGCUGCUAGUUAUUUUCGACAACUUGUUACUCUUCUCGAAGAUGACAAUCAAAUAAUUAAUUAUCAUCUUAAACUUCGACAUAAUUUUAAUCGAAAUCAUGAAUUAGAUGUGCACAUUUAUUUCGAUUCCAUAAGUCGCACAUCAAAUCCACCAAUUAUGCCUGUUUGUAUCUCAUGUGAACCAACACAUGAGUUGAGUAAGACAAGUUUACUAUCUGAACAACAAUAUACUCGUGCUUGGCUAGAUGGUCGAGCAAGAGAAAAACUCAUUUUAACACCUAUUCGACAUGUUGAACGUUUAUCAGAAUUAAUAGAUGAAAAUGGAGAAAUGGAAGCAUUUUGGUAUGAUGCAAUUGAAUUAAUCGAUAAAGAAUAUGGUCAACACGAAAACUUCUAUCCAAAUAUGAUACUUAAUCAUGGAACAUAUCGUAAUCAUGCACAUUUACAUUUAAAAAUAAAUUUUACAAAAGCUAUAUGGGAUAAAAUAAUAGCUCCUCGACAUCACGAUCGAAUUUUACAAAUUAAACAAUUACUACAAGAUAAAUCUAUUGUAAAUGAUUGUCUUAGCAAAGAUGACCAUCAGAAGAAAACAUACUCAACUAAACCACACAAAUAUAAUCAUGAUUUAAAUUAA